AUGGCGACUGUUUUUCUCGGAUUUGGCCGUAUAAUGCGGCCUCCGGGUGGCCUGCGCUGGCAUCUCUUCCCUCACAGACUUGGGGUUUGGAGUUUGCCCGAGGGGACCUUGAGAGCUGCGCUGAGGCCGUUUUGCGGGCGGCGGGAAGAAGCGUGGCGGACCUCGGGGUUGUCGGCCUGUUGCCUGGGACGCCGGCCCUUCAGUACGGCUCUGCCCCCACCACCAGGGUCAUCGAAGGACCACAGUAACCCAGGGCGCCCCUCGAAGCCCGGGCCUGUUUCCUGGAAGUCUUUAGCAUUCACAUUUGCUAUUGGAGGAGCUUUAUUGGCUGGAAUGAAGUACUUCAAGAAAGAAAAGAUAGAAAGGCUGGAGAAAGAACGGAAUCGAUCCCUAGGAAAGCCUUUGCUUGGAGGACCAUUUUCUCUCACAACUCAUACUGGAGAGCCUAAAACUGACAAGGAUUACCUGGGACAGUGGGUGCUGAUUUAUUUUGGCUUUACUCAUUGUCCUGAUGUCUGUCCAGACGAACUGGAAAAAAUGAUCCAAGUUGUGGAUGAAAUAGAUAAUAUUCCCACACUGCCAAAUAUAACUCCACUUUUCAUCACUAUUGACCCAGAAAGGGAUACCAAAGAAGCCAUUGGAAAUUAUGUGAAAGAAUUUUCUCCCAAACUGAUUGGCUUGACUGGCACAAAAGAACAGAUUGACCAGGUGGCCAAAGCUUACAGAGUAUAUUACAGCCCCGGCCCCAAGGAUGAAGAUGAAGAUUACAUAGUAGACCAUACCAUAAUAAUGUACUUAAUUGGACCAGAUGGUGAAUUUCUAGAUUACUUUGGCCAGAACAAGAAGAAUGGAGAAAUAGCUGGUCUAAUUGCUACACACAUGAGGAGACAGAUGAGGAAGAGCUAA